AUGCAGCCGCCCGACGAUCUGGAUCCGGACAGGGCAGCAUGGUCGGGCAAGCUGCAGUUCUUCCUGUCCAUUAUUGGGUACUCGGUCGGCUUGGGUAAUAUCUGGAGGUUCCCGUAUUUGUGUCAACAGAACGGCGGAGGCAUCCCGCUGUUCCUGAUCGAGCUGGGCAUCGGCCAGAAGAUGAGACUGGGCUCUCUGGGCGUCUGGAACACCAUCCACCCCUGGCUGGGAGGCAUCGGCAUCUCCUCGUGCGUCGUCACCUUCUUCGUCGCUCUCUACUACAACGUCAUCAUCACGUGGUGCUUCUACUACCUUUAUGCCCUUCUUUUGUCCUCAGAUACAGUUGUAUAUUUCACAUCGCUUUUUCCAUACGUAGUAUUGACUAUAUUUUUCGUGAGAGGGAUAACACUGAAAGGGGCUAGUGCUGGCCUGGCUCAUAUGUUAACACCCAAGGUGGAGAAACUUUUGAGCCCUAAAGUAUGGCUGGACGCAGCCACGCAGGUCUUCUACUCGUUCGGCCUGGCGUUCGGCUCGCUGAUCGCGUUCGGCUCGUACAACACGCCGAAGAACAACUGCGUGCGUGACGUCAUCCUCGUGUCGGUCUGCAACGCCGUCACCGCCAUCUACGCCAGCGUCGUCAUCUUCGCCAUACUCGGCUUCAAGGCCACGAUUCAGCAAAGUGUGAGGAAGCUGUUCCUCGGCUCUCUGCAUCAGUGGUAUUCAUAUACGGAGUGA